AUGCUGAUCGGCCUGGACGACUGGCUACUGUCCGCGUCCCUCCUGAGAGAACGCAAGAUGAUUUUAACACAUUCAUGCCACAAAGAGUUUAAUGGGGCCUCUAGAACCUUGACUCUGGCCAAUUGGCAAUCAAUUGGGGAUCCCAAGUCUCUGUUGGUGGUGGUGGCAGCAGCAAGAGCAAUUCCAUGUGGACGACGCAUAAACAAAAAUGAGAAACACGAAGAGAAACUGGUAAUGUUCACCAAUCAUCCGGAGGAUUCUGAAAGAUGUGAAAGCAUGGAAUUGGACAAUAAAAUCCGAGAUCUGAUCGAGAGGAAUGCUUCUCCCGAUCUUAAAGGGGUGACCCUGGGAGCCACACCAAGUCACAGAAAUUCAUGUUCUCUAAAGACCCCAGGAAAAACAGCUUCCACGGCACAUCUUGCACAGGGAACAACUAGAAUGAGUGCUGCAGAAGGUUCUAUGGAGCAUGCAGAGUAUGAUCAAUCAUCAAGCAGAAAGAACUUGACAAAUUCUCUUGAACAAAAGAUAAGGUGUUUGGAAAAACAGAGAAAAGAGCUCCUGGAAGUCAACCAGCAAUGGGAUCAGCAAUUUAGAAGUAUGAAAGAGCUAUAUGAAAGAAAGGUCGCGGAGCUGAAAACGAAACUAGACGCCGCAGAGAGAUUUCUCAGCGUGCAGGAGGAGGAGCGGCAACAGAGUCAGAGAGAGAGCGACAGGCUGCGCGAGCUGAACCGCGAGCUGCUGCAGCGCCAGGAGAAGGAAAAGGAGAGCCUACACAAAGAAUUACACGAAUUGAAGAAAGAAAAUAAGUUCUUGAAGGAAAAAAAUGCUCUUGUGAACAAGAAGAAGGAACAUUAUGAGUGCGAAAUAAAACGCCUCAAUAAGGCUCUUCAAGAUGCCUUGAAAAUCGAGUGUUCUUCAUUUUCGGAGGACUGUUUGGGAAAGUCUGAAAUGGAGUGCAGGCAUGAGGAGAUGCGAACAGAAAUGGAAGUUCUCAAACAGCAGGUGCAAAUAUAUGAAGAAGAUUUCAAAAAGGAGCGAUCAGACCGAGAAAGACUUAAUCAAGAGAAAGAGGAGCUGCAGCAAAUUAAUCGAACUUCUCAAGCCCAGUUGAACAGGCUGAAUUCUCAGAUAAAGGCUUGUCAGAUGGAGAAAGAAAAACUCAAAAAGCAAUUAAAACAGAUGUUGUUCCCGAUGUGUAAUUGCGGCUUGAAUUCCCACGGGCAGGAUCCAUGCGCACCAGCAGGCCCUGGAGCUGCACGGGAUCAACAGAAUCCCCCACCAGACUAUCAGUGGUAUGCUCCUGACCAGUUUCCGCCAGAUGUGCAGCAUAAGGCAAAUGGUUUCUCUUCAGAAAAGAAAGUCAAUCAGUAGAAGCACACACAAGUAGAGGAACAUUCGGGCCAGAGGGAGAGCUUGGCUGAGGACCCUCAUUUUUCUUUUUACUGGUGGCUUAUGUCGACACAACUGCACAUCAUCUACUCCAUGAUUCGUGCAUGGUGGUGUUUCCCUUUGGCACAGAGAGAGGAAAAGACUUGGGACAGCUAAGAUCCUGAUCAAGUUGGAGAAGCCAGCAUUACACAACCAAAUGCAAUGUCCAGUUUCCUCAAAAUGAGAUUUGGCAGAUGGAUUAUGCGCCAUUCUUUGAAACUCUCUUCAGCAUAUUGCUGUUGGACUUACAGAGGCUGAUCUCAUGAUUUCAGCAACUCCACUUUUGGUACAGUGAUGUUCUAUGUUGAUUGAAAUAUAUAUUCCCUGGGGGAAGAGUUACUGCAGUUAUAAAUUUGUAACAUUGCUCCCAUGAUUUCUGUUGGGGCUUGGUUCUUUAGCCAGUGUGACUAGGUACUGUGCUCAUCAUUGUUGGUUUGGUGAACCUAUGAUUAGGACUGAAGACAUGUAUAGACCUCCUUAAACUAAAUGAAUGGUUCAAUUUGAAUAAAAUGGU